UGUGAGGUGGGUUUUCUUUAAAUAGCAAAUGGCAAAGCAGGAAAGUAAGCGGGAACACGCAUUAGCUCUCUUGCUUUUACCUGUCUGAGCGCCUUAUUCCAGCUUCUCUCUCUCUCUCCUCGAGAUCUGUUUCGUUCCGUCUUCGUUAAGCUUUGUCGCCGACGGCUUUGUUCGGAAUCGGAACUCCGGUGACUUUCAGUUAUGGCUCCACCCAUUGAGACUCCUAACAAGGCCGCUGAGACAUAUCAUUCCACACAUCCACAUCCACCUCCAGUGAUGGCUCCACCCAUUGAGACUCCUAACAAGGCCACUGAGACAUAUCAUUCCACACAUCCACAUCCACAUCCACCUCUUAAUGAGAGGAUUCUUUCAUCCAUGACCAGGAGGUCUGUUGCAGCUCAUCCUUGGCAUGAUCUGGAGAUAGGACCUGGUGCUCCAACAGUUUUCAACUGUGUAAUUGAAAUAAGCAAGGGAAGCAAAGUGAAGUAUGAACUUGACAAAAAAACUGGACUAAUUAAGGUUGAUCGUGUACUUUACUCAUCAGUUGUGUACCCUCACAACUAUGGCUUCAUCCCACGUACUCUUUGUGAGGAUAGUGACCCCUUGGAUGUUCUGAUUAUCAUGCAGGAGCCAGUUCUACCUGGAUGCUUUCUUCGUGCUAAAGCUAUUGGUGUGAUGCCUAUGAUUGAUCAGGGCGAGAAAGAUGACAAGAUCAUUGCUGUUUGUGCUGAUGAUCCUGAGUACCGUCACUAUAAUGAUAUCAAGGAACUCCCACCACAUCGUUUGGCUGAGAUCCGUCGCUUCUUUGAAGACUACAAGAAAAAUGAGAACAAGGAAGUUGCAGUUAAUGAUUUUCUGCCUGCUUCAACUGCCUAUGAAGUAAUCCAGCAUUCCAUGGAUCUUUAUGCUGACUACAUUGUGGAAUGUCUGAGGCGGUAGUCGGAUCAGUGAUGGAUCCUGAUUCUAUCCUGCUGUUAUAUAGGACAGACGGCUAUGAUAUAUAUGUUUAAUACUAUAAUGACGAAAAGAAGAAAUAGAUAUAUGUUAUUUUGUUGCUUAUGCAUGCAUGGUCUAAAACCAAUGCUUGCUUAUACUUCGACCUCUGGACGGAUCGGUUGGCACUAUACUUAUUAGUAGUGUUGGACGAUGAUCUUUAUAGCUAUGAAUGUUGAAAAUGAGAGUUGCAAAAAGACUUUGGGGCGAGUUCA